AUGAGAUUAGAGCUCCUCUUAAUUCUCUCAGGAUGUUUAUUAUCUCAACCGAAAGUUUGUGCAGAUGAAAUUGGUUGUUUUCGUGGAAAGUAUGAGCGUGGACUUGAAAAGCCUUAUGAGGCCUUCUAUGGGAUUCCAUAUGCUGAACCACCUGUUGGGAAGUUGAGAUUUGAAGAUCCUCUUCCGCAUAGUGGUUGGUACGGCUAUUGGGAUGCUUCGUACCCAAGAAAUGAUUGCCUGCAGAGAAACGUUUACAUAGCAAGUCAGCCUGUUGUUGGCUCCGAAGACUGCCUGUACCUCAAUGUUUACCGUCCUCUUAAGAGAAAAUCUGCUAAACUACCCGUAAUGGUACUUCUUCAUGGUGGAGGAUUUUUUACCUUCUCCUCCAAACCUCGUUUGUUUGGUCCAGAGUAUUUUAUGGAUAACGGAGAAGUGAUUUUAGUGACUCUAAACUACAGACUUGGAAUACUUGGCUUCCUCUGCUCUGGUGAUGAAGCUGUUAAAGGCAAUUUUGGGUUUAAAGAUCAACAAAUGGCCCUAAAAUGGAUGGCUUCUAACAUUGAGGCAUUCGGAGGGAAUCCCAAGUCAAUAACUCUUGUUGGUGAAAGUGCAGGAGGUGCUGCAGCGCAUCUUCAUAUGAUGAAUCCUGUAUCUCAGGCUCUCUUCCAACAAAUUGUUCUAAUAAGUGGUUGUGCUCUUGAUCCCUGGGCUCUCUACAAUAACAAAAGUGAGCCCCAAUUUCGUCAAGUAGCUCGAAGUUCUGGUAUUAAAAAUUGGGCCACAGCUUCGUUAAUCGAAAUUGCGUUACAAUUGAAGAAGGAAAAAGCCGAAAUCUUCCUUGAAGUUCUGGAAGAAAUGUUUAUUUUCUAUGAAAUCCCCCCAACACCCGUUAGACCUUGUUUAGAAGGAAACUGGGAAGGAGCUUUCCUUACGGAGGAUCCAAAGAAAAUCUGGGCUGAAGGACGAUUCUCUCCUAAACCAAUUCUUAUGAGUACAACACGAGAUGAAGGACUUCUCGUAGUUCCCAUUACUGUUAAUGCAAGCCUGCUCAAAGCCUUUAAUGAUGACAUUUACAAUCUUCUACCAAUUCAAUUAGGCUUCCCACCUAAGGCUACUCCUUAUGUUAUGAAGUACUAUCUAGGAGAUAAGGAUUACAUUGAUGAGACGAACGUCAGAGGAUAUUACAAAAUGUUCGGAGAUAGACUUUUAGAUCAGCCUAUAAUUAGGACUGUGCGUCAGUACUUGCAGCACGUUGAUGUAGCUUUGAAUCCCAUUUACCUUCUUGAAUUUGCUUUUGAGAGCUCAGUUUCUUACGCCAAAGUUAAUACAGGAAUGGAUGUAAAUUUAGGAGUUGCACAUGCAGAUGAUCUAUUCUUCCUCUUCACCAUACCAGAUUUCUUCCCGCCAUUCAAGGCUAAUUCUCUAGAGCGCAAAAUGGUGGAUAUUUAUGUGGAAAGUUUUGUUAAUUUUGCCAAAACUGGGAAUCCUUUGGAAAGAUUCGCUCAAUUAACUGUUUAA